CAAACGAGUGACAUCUAUUGCUCUCGCUGGAAUCAUGGAGGCCGAAAAAUCGACGGGCAUUGAAUUCGCCAUCGGCGGCCUGGCCGGCAUCUGCACGGGCAUCCUCACGAAUCCGGCCGACGUGCUGAAGACCAGACUGCAGUUGCAGGGCGAAUUGGCGGCGCCGAGUAGCUACGUGCCCAAGUACCGGGGCGCCUUCCACGCGGCCCUGCUCAUUGCCCGCCACGAGGGUCUGGCCGCUCUGCAGGCUGGACUGGUGCCCGUGUUGGGCUUGCAAGUGAUCCUGAACGGCGCCAGACUGGGCAGCUAUCACUUUGGAAAGGGGACGGGCUGGAGCCUCGACGAGCAGGGCCGGACGGACGUGCUCAGGACGGCUCUUCUGGCUGGCUGUUCGGCGUCGGCGGCGGUCAGCGUGGCCAGUCCCCUUUACCUGGCCAAGGUGAAAUUGCAAGCUCACAGUUUCGCGGAGAAAGACAACAAGUGCCGCUUGAACACCUACUCUAUUUUCAAAUCCCUGUGGAGAGAAAAUGGUUUUAAAGCUCUUUAUCGUGGUUGGAAUGCCAAUAUUCCAAGGUUAUUCGUUGGUUCCGCUGUGCAGCUGACAGUUUAUGGACUAUCUACCGAUUGGUUGGAACCUAUCCAAAUUAUGAGGGAGCAACCGAUGUUGUUGACUUUUGUAACUUCGGUCAUUAGUGGAACUUGUAUGGUCUUCACUAUCCAUCCGUUUGACGUUAUGGCCACCAGACUGUACAAUCAAGGUUCGAAUAAAUUGGGUCAAGGUAAAUUGUACAAUGGAAUGUUCGACGCCUUGAAACGAAUCGUUCGAACCGAAGGCUUUUUCGGUCUUUACAAGGGAAUCUUUCCAAACUGGUUAAGACUGGCUCCUUACGUGGUUAUUUGUCAAGUAUUUUAUCAGAAGUUGGCGUUGAUUUACGAAGAGAGCAGAAAAUAAAAACUUUGACCAAACAAUUAAAAACGAAGCCAAUAUCAAUUGAUAAAAUUUUCACUCGACGCUCGCGUUGUUUUCGUCCGAGGUCUAUCUGUAAUUGUGGAAGCCUCGGUGAAAUUUCAUCAGUCCAAGAAGAAGCCGGCAAUAAAGCCCCUAUCUGAAAAGACCACCAAGUUCGCGCCGAUCGAGCUCGCCAACUAAUGAUCGAAAUGACGAAAUGAAUAAAUUAAUCGCG